UACUGAUGUGAGGCGUGGAAAAUUUGUUUAUAUGGUUAUAAAAUUUGGACAACAAUUCGUACAACCAGCUGCCUGUCAUGGAUGUGGAAUUUGAAAAGCGUCUGCUUCGCCAACAGAAUGGCCAGAGUACUAUAUUGUCACCAUUAGCAUGUCCUUCUCCGUUGAAGAUGUCACCAAUGAGUUCACCUAGAGAUAAAUACGGAGAUCGUUUUAUUCCAGCAAGAAAUGGUGCUAACUGGCAAAUUGGUCUUUCUCUUAUACAGCACCAAGGGAAUCAGUCACCGAAUGUUGUGAGAAAGGCCAGAGAGAACAACACUGAAAGCAACAAGGAAGCACAAGCAUACAACUGUCUGUUGAAAAAUGAAUUGCUGGGUGCAAAUAUUGAGGAUCUCAAGGACCCGCAGGGCGACGAGCGUCGCAUACUGUCGCCGAAGGAGAUCAAGAACCUGUUUCAGUAUCGCGCGCCGCGCUACGGCGAUGCCGACUGCGCCAUGUCGCCGUAUUCCCUGUCUCCUGUCGGCAGCAAGAGCCAGAAGCUGCUGCGAUCUCCCAGGAAGGCAUCUAGAAAAAUAUCAAAGAUCCCGUUCAAGGUGCUAGAUGCUCCUGAGCUACAGGAUGAUUUCUAUCUGAAUCUUGUCGACUGGUCAUCACAGAACGUGCUCAGUGUCGGACUGGGAACAUGCGUCUACCUGUGGAGCGCAUGCACGAGCCAGGUGACGAGACUCUGCGACCUGGCGAGCGACGGGGAUUCAGUGACGUCGGUGUCGUGGGCCGAGAGAGGGCAUCUCGUCGCCGUGGGAACGCACAAGGGUUACGUGCAGGUGUGGGACGUGACGGCGAACAAGCGGAUAUCCGUGUUGGAGGGACACUCGGCGAGGGUCGGCGCGCUGGCAUGGAACGCAGACGUGCUUUCAUCGGGGAGUCGUGACAGACUGAUCCUGCAGCGGGAUGUGAGGACACCGUCUGUGAUACCGGAGCGCCGCCUCAUAGGCCACCGACAGGAGGUGUGCGGUCUGAAGUGGUCACCCGACCAUCAGCAUCUCGCCUCGGGUGGGAACGACAAUCGACUACUCGUCUGGAACACCUCGCGACCGAAGCCCGUGUGGGAAUGCAACGAGCACAUGGCCGCAGUGAAGGCGAUAGCGUGGUCGCCACACCACCACGGCCUGCUGGCGAGCGGCGGAGGCACGGCGGACCGCUGCAUCCGCUUCUGGAACACGCUGACGGGCCAGCCGCUGCAGUGCGUUGACACAGGGUCACAGGUGUGCAACCUGGCGUGGAGCAAGCACGCGAGCGAACUGGUUUCCACGCAUGGAUACUCACAAAACCAGAUACUCGUGUGGAAGUAUCCAUCAUUGACUCAAGUCGCCAAACUAACAGGUCAUUCCUACAGAGUUCUCUACCUGGCGAUGUCGCCGGACGGGGAGGCGAUCGUGACGGGUGCCGGUGACGAAACGCUGCGGUUCUGGAACGUGUUCAGCAAGGCGAGGUCUCAGAAGGAGUCAAAAUCCGUUCUGAACCUAUUCACAAGAAUUCGGUGAUGAUGACGACGCCGUGGCGCCAGUCGUCAAUGAUGAUGACUGCGCGUCGUAGAACACACGGGGGAAAGUCGUGGCACGUGUGAAUGCUGUGACGCUCGCAGACAUGCUAGUGGUAAACCCUUAUAAACGAGGACAGAUCUCAUAAUCGCCUCGUCAUCUACAAUUUUCAAGUAAUGUCACGCUAUAUGGACACACUUGGUGGAAAAAAAAGUUCCGCAACUGUCCACCAUAUUAGUAGAGUUGUAGGUAAAUAUUUUGAUUAUAAGCAUUGUAUAUUGACAGUGGUAAAUACCAACUGUGACCAUGCAUGGUAAGGUAUUGCUGCUUGGAAACCUUUGAUUUGUAGAUAAGAUCUGUACACCUCUCUCUCUCUAUGAGAACUAGGGAUUUGAGUUCAAAUACAAAAUGUGAAUUUUGUAAACAAUGUACUUAAUGUGGUUUCUAAAUUAAAAGUAUUUUUUUAUUCGUGUGGCCACAAACAACAAACAAGGCAGUUGUUGAAUGCUCGUGGAAAUGAUUGGUUACUUUUAUGGUAAUUGUUGAGUCGUUAUAGUGUAUGUUAAUAUCAACGGUGGAUGUUUGCAGGUGAUGGGUGCACGCAGAGGUAGGGAUGGAUGUUCGCUGAACGUGUUAUGAUUUAUGCCGUUUAAACGUUUUGGUUCUGUAGAUCCUAUUUGUUAUUGUUGUUUGUUUAUUUUUGGCCACACUUUACCGAGGUUGUUUGUCCUUUUUAGUUGCUCGUUUUUUUCGUUGAAUGACCCACAGACCUGUAAUUAUUUUUAAUUAUUUGUUUUUUUCGAUGAGAGUGAACUUCCGUUAAUCUGCUAGCACGUCGUCAUUCUGUUGGAGUGUUCCAUUGUCACUGUCUCUCUGCUUGUGCGUGAGGGCGAUUUUCAUUUUUGCUCUACGUAUGUUCAUACACAUGCGUGUGUACGUUCGUGCGCGCGUGCGUGCGUGCGUGCGUGCGUGUGUGUGCGGUGCGGUGAAGGACGGGGAAUUGUCAUCGAUGUUUCGGUGUCAUAGCUCCCACAUCUCCCAUCAUGCCCCUGGAAAACAUCCCGAUACCCAGUUUUGUCGGCUCACAUACAUGAUCGCCUGCGAUGUUGGAGUGAUGCCUGCCCAGAUAUGCACGGUGCUCAUGCGAUCUUUUCAGUCGUCGAUCUCUCGCCUUAUAAUGCGCGGAUGCUGUGACGUUGCUAUGGAAAUGAGUAUUGUUUCUGGCUUCGUCUGCUUUUCGGCCGCACUUUGUUAUUGUUUGUGUGUGUUGUCAGGCAGAUUGUUGAUGUUCGCAUGCGCAGCGGAUGUUUGUUUCUUUGUUUGUGCAUAUCAGUCAUUGGUGAUUACGCAUGUAUUGCUGAUGUUCAGGGGUGGGUGGGGUAUAGAUGUGUUGACCUUGACCCUGUCAGUUGACCUUCUGAAAAGCUAAUGAAUCAGGAAUUUUGUUCGAUCGGAUCGGAUCCGUUUUUGCAGUUGCAGUGUUUGGCGCGUGUGGCCCGCGUAACGAGCGAUGUGAAAAGCAUUCGUUACUAAUGAUUUAUGGGUUUAGAUUGAACAAAUAAAAAAUUGGCAAGGUUAGCAUAAACGAUCAAACAAUGACUGUGUCGUCGAACUGUAAUAACGUGACACAAGAGCGUCAAAGAAAUAUCAAUUUUCGAUUCAAUCUCAUUUUCUUACACUUGCGUACGUUUAGAGACAGGUGGCUUGGUUAGGUGUAGCAAGUGGAUUGAUUUCUACAUAGUCCCUCGUUCCUUUUUGCGUUACACGGACGCUGUACACGGUGACACUGUGACACUGCAGCCGAUGUCCUGUCUAUCUCUCUUAACAAUUUUGCUUGUGGGUUAUUUAGCUAGAGUGUAAAGAAAACUAGCGUCCGUGCGUGGGAUGUUCGAUCGGUCGUCGCUAGGUGGCGCCACUGGCUCGAUGGGCUGGGGAUACCCUUGCCUGUACAUUUUGCUGUACAUAAUUUAUGGCGGUGUUUUUUUGUCAGUUUCUGUACAUUAUUUAUGAAGUGAUCGUAAAUAGUUUUGCUCUGCUUUUGUUUAAGAUGUUGAAUCAUGUACGAAAUUAUUCUGCUAUUGUGAGUUGUGUGAAUAUAUACACAUAUGUGUAUUGCUUAGCGAUGCGACGAUGCAGAGUUUGCACAAUGCGGGCACACUCUUAUAAUAAAGUUGCAGUUUUAUUAUAAAUAUUA